AUGAAAACCCUUGUUCUAAUAUGGGUACUACUUCAAAUGUUCUCGUUGUGUAUAACUUUUGAUGCAAACCUCACCUCUGAAACAUACACCCUCAGUAAUUCUUCCAAUUUAGCAAAGCCAAACUGCUCCAACCGAUGUGGAGACUUAAUUGUUCCCUACCCUUUUGGCAUCGGCAACGACACAAAUUGUUCUAUAAGCCAUGAGUUUGACAUCUACUGUGACAAUUCGGUAAGUCCUCCAAGAGCCUCCAUUACAAUAGCAGAUUAUAGCUUCAUCAAACAUAUAUCUGAUUCCAGAGUCCGGAUUUCCAACAAUGUGGCUUCCAAAUGCUAUUUUACGAAUGGCACUGUUUCAACCAUGUUCCAUGUUCAGGAGAAUUAUACCAAUUUUCCAUACACCUUUUCGGAUUUAAAUAAGUUCACAGUUAUCGGCUGUGAUGAUUUUGCUUGGAUGAUUUCAGAGACGAGGUCUAAGAAAGUGGGUACAGGUUGUAUGGCCUUUUGCUCAACACCGGAGGAUGCUCGGAGUGACCAAUGUUCCGGCCGUGGUUGUUGUCAAUCAUCCAUACCACAAGACUUAAACUACUAUACAACUAACGUCAGGACCAUGAAUGAUUAUCAAAACAUGAGCAAUAUAAGGUCUUUUAAUCCUUGUACAUAUGCAUUUAUUGGUGAGGAGAAUGUAUUCACAUUCAAAGGUGCAACAGACUUGAAAGAUCACUCUUUGUGGCGAAAAAUUGAAGAUAAUGUCCCAAUAGUUCUUGAUUGGGCCAUCGGUAAUCUGAGUUGCAUUGACGCCAAAGCAAUGGACGCUUUCGCUUGCCAAUCAAAUAGUAUGUGUGUUAACUCUACAAGGGAAACUGGUGGGUAUCGUUGCAUCUGCAAUGAAGGCUACGAAGGAAAUCCCUAUCUGUCUCCUGGCUGCCAAGAUAUUAACGAGUGUAAUUAUCCGACGAAGUUUCCAUGUUAUGGAACUUGUUCGAAUACUCUGGGGAAUUACACAUGCAAAUGUAAAAAAGGGUAUUCUGGUGAUGCCACUAUUGAAAAUGGUUGCGGACGUAAUAGAUUCCACCCCCUCGUGUUAUAUAUAGGUGUGGGGUGUGGAUUACUCUCAAUAUUGAUUGUAUUGCCAGUGUCGUACUUCAUGGUCCAGAAAAAAAAACUAGUUAGACUAAGGGAGAAAUUUUUCGAGCAAAAUGGGGGCGUCCUAUUGGAAGAGAAACUAAAAAUCACAGGUCGCAUUGGUGUUGGUCCCAUGAAAAUUUUCAGUCCGGAAGAGCUUGAAGAAGCAACUGACAAGUAUGCAGAAGAUAAGAUUCUUGGUAGAGGAGGCAACGGCAUUGUGUACAAGGGAAAUCUACAGGAUAAACGUGUUGUGGCAAUCAAAAAGUCCCAAAGACUGGAUAAAGGACAGAGCGAGCAAUUCAUAAAUGAAAUGGAAAUUCUUACACAAAUCAAUCACCAAAACGUGGUGCAGCUGUUGGGAUUUUGUUUGGAAACUGAUGUUCCAUUGCUAGUUUAUGAAUUUAUCUCUAAUGGCACUCUUUAUCAUCACAUUCAUAAUACAAAAAAUGGCAUGGGGAGAUUGACAUGGGAUAGUCGUCUAAGGAUAGCACAUGAAUCAGCUGGUGCUCUUGCUUAUCUUCAUACUGAUGCAAGAAUGUCCAUCAUACAUAGAGAUGUGAAGUCUACUAACAUCUUGUUGGAUGAGAGUUAUACAGCAAAAAUUGCAGAUUUUGGUGCUUCAAGGUUAGUCCGCUUAGGUAAUCAUGAUCAAGUCACCACACUUGUUCAAGGGACGUUGGGAUAUCUGGAUCCUGAAUAUUUACGUACAGGCCAUCUAACAGAUAAGAGUGAUGUGUACAGCUUUGGAGUGGUUCUUGCCGAACUCCUAACAGGAAAAAAACCCAUCGCUGUGGAAAGAUGCCUACUAGAGCAAACUCUUGCAACAUGUUUUGAAAAGGCAAUAAAGGAAAACCGAUUGCUUGAAAUUCUUGAAUUUGAAGUGGUAAAGGAGGCAACUGAUGAGCAGCUAAAAGCAGCAUGUGGCCUGACAUGUAGAUGUCUUAACCAAUUAGGUGAGAAUAGGCCUAGCAUGAAAGAAGUGACCAUGGAGCUUGAAACAUUGAGGAAGUUCACCAAACAUCCUUGGGGUACUAGUCUAAACAAGUACAAUGAAAUGAGUAGCUUAAUGAUUGAAAGCGAACCAAAUGAUCUUUGCGUUGUUCCUCUUAUCAAUAAUAUUGAUACUUUCGUAGAAUCCAGUUCUAGCACUACCGGAGUGAAAGACAUGAUAAGCCAAGUACAAAGUCCUCGUUAG